UAUACGUACCUAUGUAGGACAUGCGAGGGUUAGGUUAAUAAACAGGCUGGCGCUAGAACCUCGUUUUCGCGCGUCUUUAUUUUAGAUCAUACUACAUGGUGUCAUAAAAUUCACAUAAAUGUGAAGAACGUACCAAGUAAAUCAUACAUUCAGGCUGUUUCAAAGCAGGGAGGGCACAGUGUUGGAGAUAAAACAGCGCAGAUCAUUAUUUUGCUAGCUAACGAGCAAGGACUAAGCUACUGCUAAGCAACAUGUUGCAAGAGGAAGAAGCUGGCGGGAUUUCAGGGUUUGCGACUCCCAAGUUCAACGGGCUCUGGCGCAAACACGGACAGGCCAGUGGCUAGGUGCUGACGGAUUUCGCAUUAGUCCCCCGGAGAAUUUUGUUUGUAUGGACAUUCGAAACUGGCCGAAAUGGAUCAGGCGAUUUGAAAGGUACAGGGGUAGCAUCAGGCUUAAACAUGAAAAAUGAGGCAUUUCAAGUUAAUACACUGAUCUACUCUAUGGGUGAUGAAGCCGAGGAUAUAUUAAAUGCUUCAACGUUGACCGAGGAAGAGAAACUUAACUACAGUGCCGUUAAAGACUGUUUUGAAACGCAUUUUGUAGGGAGACGCAACAUUAUUUUUGAGAGAGCUAGGUUUAAUAUGAGCAAACAGGAGCAGGGUGAAACCACCGACAGUUUUAUCACAACUGUUCACAAACUAGCAGAACAUUGUCCGUUUGGCGCGCUCAGGGAAGAGCUGAUCCGAGAUCGGAUUGUAGUCGGAAUAAGAAAUAUCUCACUUUCUGAAAAGUUACAUUUGGAUUCCCAGCUGACCUUGUCCAAAGCUGUAAACCAGGUUAGGCAGAGUGAGACAGUAAAAAGACAGCAGACGAUGCUGCGCGACAGCAGCUCCUUGCAGAACGAAGAGAGUGAGGAAAUAAAUGCAUUUUCAUACAGAGCUAAAAAAACGGAGGGGAACACAGAACAGAGACAGACGUGGAGAAAACUAAUCACAGACAGCACCAGUAGCUAGUUCAAAUGUUUGUCGCAAAUGUGGGAAAUCCCCUUUCCACAGAUGGAAAGAUUGCCCAGCAAAGGAUGCGGAAUGCAGGAAAUGUCACAGGAGAGGAACUUUUCAGUUGUCUGUCGAUUAAAGCAAAUGCAUGAGGUCUCAGAGGAGGUACAGCAGGACAGCAUCUUUCUGGGAGAAGUAAAGGGAAACAAUACUGGCUGGCAUUCAGACAUUAAACUCAAUGGGGAGUUUGUGUCAUUUAAACUAGACACUGGGGCAGCAGUGACAGCUAUCCCAACUAGGCUGUAUAGCAGCAAUAGCAGAGAUGGCCCUUUGCUCUCUACAAACAAAAAACUGUACGGGCCCAGUAAUAACAUUUUACCAGUGGUAGGGCACUUGGUGAUUCAACUGGAGAGUAAAGACAAAAGUGCCAUCCAGCCUGUCUUUGUCACUGACUCUCUAGCCAGACCGUUACUGGGGCUGCCAGCAAUUGAAGCAUUGCAACUCAUUGAGAGAGUGAGCGAACUGGAGGACCCAGGUGAGGUUUUCAAAAAGAAAUUCCCCAAAGUGUUUUCUGGUCAAGGAAGGCCUGAAAGAAGAUGCUGUUCCCUAUGCCCUUACCACCCCCCGCCGUGUGCCUAUCCCUUUAUUGGCCAGAGUAAAGGAAGAGUUGGGGAGUCCCACAGACUGGUGUGCAGGGAUGGUGGUGGUCCCAAAAGCCAAUGGGGAAAUAAGGAUCUGUGUGGACAUGACUAAAUUGAAUGAGGCACUCUGCAGAGAGACACACAUCUUACCAUCAGUGGAGCAGUCACUGGCUCAGUUGGAUGGCUCACAAGUCUUCACAAAGCUAGAUGCCCGCUCAGGUUUCUGGCAGAUACCGCUGUCAUCACAGAGUAGUGCACUCACAACGUUUAUAGCACCGUUUGGCCGGUACUGUUUUAACGUUUUGCCAUUUGGAAUCGCUUCCGGUCCUGAGCAUUUCCAAAGACGCAUGUCCCAGCUGUUGGAUGGGCUGAGCGGCGUCAUAGUCCACGUGGACGAUGUGCUCGUGUGCGGAAGGGACAGAGCAGAACAUGAUGUAAGUCUCACAGCAGUUCUGACCCGACUCCAGGAGACUGGCCUGACACUCAAUGAAAAAUGCACUUUUGCACAAUCAGAGGUCUUGUUCUUGGGACACAAAAUCAGUGCAGCUGGAAUAGAGCCGGACCCAGAGAAAAUCAGCGGCAUCACAGAUAUGCCCAGACCCCAGAAUGUGGCUGAAGUCAGGACCUUCUUAGGCAUGGCCACAUAUGUGGGUAAGUUCCUCCCACAGUUCUCAGAUACAACCAAACCUCUGAGAGACUUACUAGCCAAAGAGAAUGACUGGACAUGGGGUCACAUGCAACAGGUAGCGUUUGACAAAAUCAAAGGAGAUCUGGCCUCACAGAGAGUGCUGGCCCAGUACCGUCCCCACGCUAAGACAACAGUAUCAGCAGAUGCAUCAUCCUUUGGGCUAGGGGCGGUCCUCACACAGAUGCAGGACAACAUGGAGUGUCGUCCAAUAGCAUACAUCUCCCAAAGCUUAUCCGACACAGAGCAAAGAUAUGCUCAAGUGGAGAAGGAGGCGUUGGCUAUCCCAUGGGCAUGUGAAAGGCUCAGCCAAUAUCUUAUUGGCCUGCAGUUUUCAGCAGAGACUGACCACAAACCACUGUUGGCUCUGUUAGGGACAAAAGCACUGGACGACUUGCCUCACAGAGUUCUGCGCUUCCGCCUCAGAUUACUGAGGUUCACCUACAAGAUGGUGUAUGUGCCAGGGAAGGCACUGAUCACAGCAGAUGCACUAUCUAGGGCCCCAAUUAAACGUCCAUUAUCAGAGGAGGAGCCAUGUCUAGAGGGUGAGGUACAGGUGUCCAUUAAUGCAAUAAGGGACAGUCUUCCUGCAUCUCAGACCAAACUGCAGCAGAUUGCAGAGGAGCAACAACAAGACCACAUCUGCCAACAGAUAGUGCAAAAAGGGAUGGCCCAGGCAGGAGGAACUGCCUCAGCUGCUGAAGCCCUAUUGGGUGCACCAAAGUGACUUCCACUGUAAUGGAGACCUUCUCAUGAAAGGACUACGGAUAGUUAUCCCAGAGACUCUACAACCAGAAAUGCUAGACAGAGUGCAUGAGGGACCCAUGGGGUUAACCAAAUGCAGACUGAGGGCUCAACAGUCAGUGUGGUGGCUUGGUCUGAGUACUCAGAUUGCCAAGCUAGUGGCCCAGUGUGAGGUCUGUACAAAAUGUCAACCUUGUCAUCCGGAGCCAAUGAUGGCAACGGAGCUGCCAAAACGGCCAUGGCAAAAGGUAGGGGCGGAUAUGUUCUAUUGGAAAAAUGACACUUAUCUGCUAGUGGUAGAUUACUACUCAAGAUACAUUGAAAUAGCAAAGACACCCAAAACCACAUCAGCUGGUGUUAUCAAUGGAUUCAAGUCAAUUUCUUCCAGGCAAGGGGUCGCUGAGGUCCUGGUUACAGAUAACGCUCCCCAGUUCUCUGCGAGCUCCUUUUCUGCUUUUGCCGCAGAAUAUGACUUCAUACAUGUGACCAGUAGCCCCUACCAUGCACAGAGUAAUGGUGAGGCACAGAGAGCUGUGAAAACAGUCAAGGGACUGCUGAAAAAGAACAAGGAUCCAUACAGGGCUCUGUUAGCUUACAGAGUUACACCACUGCAUCAUGGGCCGUCGCCUGCCGAGCUCCUGAUGGGCAGGAGGCUGCGUUCCCCAUUGCCUGUCUCGCCGGCUCAGCUUAAACCCCGAUGGCCUAACAGGAAGGCCUUCGCUGAGAGGGACAAACGGCUGAAACAAACGCAAACUGGAGACUUUUUAAUCGGAGACACCGUGCUAAGGAGAGGCCAGAGCUGGCAGAAGGUCAACGCGUGUGGAUUACAAACUCAAAGACACCAGCAAUAGUGCUGAGGAAAGCGGAUGCCCCACGCUCCUAUGUGGUGGACAGAGGCUCAGAAGAGGUACAAAGGAACAAAACACACCUCAGAGCUCUUCCAGAUCUACCAGCCACACAGACCGAGGCCACAGAAAAUGCACAAAAAGAGGGUGAAGGAGAGAGAAUGCUCACAGAGCCACAAGCGCGCCCAAAAAGGGAUGUGAAGCCACCAGAGUGGCUGAAAGACUAUGUUACGUGAAGAGAAAACAUACUGCUGGGGAACAUACCCAGCAAAAAGAGACUGUACCUAAGUUAAUGUUCAUACUGUGUGAUUUAAUGCUUUCAUACUGUUUCAGGAUGGGAAGUAGCAUGUUAGAGAAUAAUACUGGUUUCCAAAUUGCAUUUCACUUCAGUGGUUAUGCAUGUUGAGUUCUUGUUCAUGGGAGAGGGGAAGAUGUAGUAGGAUGUCCCUUGGGGGUAUCCGUACCUA